CAUGACAAAGUACAAAUACCUCGAGGAUCUGACACCCCCAAAUCAGCUGGUCGCAUCUCAGGGAGACAGACAGCGGUCGUCGGAGACCACGACCACGCCGAGCAAGAAACGGGUGAUGUCGAAGCUAAGCCAACUCCAGCAUUACCUCCGUGUCCCCGUCUCCGGACGCAUCGACGAGGCCACCGUUGAGGCGAUGCAACGACCGCGGUGCGGCCGACCCGAUCCGGACAUUGCUGAGCUGAACGAUCUGGAGAACGAAGACGUGAACGAUGCGGAAGAACAGGCAAAUGUUGGAAGGGGGCGGAGGAAACCGAAAAGACGGCGCCAAAAGCGUUACGCAUUAGCAGGCGACAGGUGGAGUAAGAAACACAUUUCAUACAGAAUCGACAACUAUCCGACCAGCGUUUGGAUCCCUCGGAGGAAAGUCCAGGACUCGAUCGCGAGGGCGCUACAGAUGUGGGGUGACGUCACUCCUCUCGAUUUUCGAAUGCUCGACGAUUGGGACAUCGACGACGAAGACGCAGACAUCUACGUCUCGUUCUCGAAGUACCGUCAUGGCGACCCGUAUCCGUUCGAUGGACCCGACGGCACAAUCGCCCACGCUUAUCUUCCUAAUGGACAAUUCGGCAACCUGGACGGCGACGUCCAUUUCGACGACUCGGAAUUCUUUUCCUACGAUGGCGACUCAGGGUAUAAUCUGUUCAAAGUAGCAGCUCACGAACUUGGACAUAGUCUCGGCCUUGAACAUUCGCAUACCAUGGGUUCGAUCAUGGUUCCCGACUACGCGGGUUUCAAAGGCGACGAUAACGAGUUUAAACUGGGCGAUGACGACAUAAGGGCGAUACAAGUACUAUACGGUGAUCCGAGUAAACCUCGCUACAAAGGCAAUCCAAGGGCGGAAUGCAACAAAGCAUUCGAUGCAACCGCGCUAAUAGACGGGACCUUAUUUUUUUUCAAGGAUCGACGUUUCUGGCGUUUGAAGAGGAAAGGGAAACUCAUAUCGCCCAAGAAAGGAGAAAAGAUCGCACGAAGAUUUUCCAAAAUGCCACAUAAAAUAGAUACCAUCUACCAGCGCAAAGACGGGCAUGUCGUAGCGCUUAAAGGCCAUAUGCUUUGGACUUACAAGGGUAAGACGCUCUUACCGGGCUACCCCCGCUCUGUACGGUCCCGGAACAUGCCGGGUCAUGUGGAUGCCGCCCUGCACUUCAGGGCCUACAACAAGACGUAUUUCUUCCGAGGGCCCUAUGUCUGGCGGUACGAUGAGAAGAGGGAAUACGUGGACGCUGGGUUCCCGACUUUGACGAAGGAGGUCUUUCCCGGGAUACAGACGCCGCUAGAUGCAGCCUUCCAGUUUACUGAUAAAAAUCAUUAUUUCGUCCAACGUAAGAAGUACCAGAAGUACAGCACAGAACACCGCAACGCUGAUCCCGGGUAUCCCAGGUACUUCGGCGAGGACUUCAUCAUGUGCACCACUACGAAAAACAAUAAAAACAGUGAUUGAUAUCACUAUUUUGCGGAUGGAACUAACCCUAUACACUCAAUGGGAAUUGUUGCCAAUACCCGAUUUAUACUGGGUUCAUGCAUUUCUUUGAAACUUGAACACAGAUGAUGCACAUUAAGCAGACAAUCUCCUUGUUCCCAGUCCUUCCCUUUCCUUCCCUUCUCAUCCUAACUAUAUAGGAUUGUUUGUGCGAGCUCUUCCUCUUUUCUCCUUCUUUAAAAAAAUAUUAAACUCACUUCUCGAUCAAUAUAGGGCCAAGAGCUAUGUUUGAUCCCGUCUUUAAUCUUGCGGAAAACAGGCAUGCCUUCAUUCAUCCACCCUGAGGACACGGUCUGUAUAUUAAAAAAAAGAGUCGUCCAAACGAUGCACUUUUCCUCAAUUCAACCCUACCAUAAUUCAUUUUUUUUCUGGUACGAGGGGAAAGAGUUUCCUAAACAGUAAACAGGUAAAUCUUUUUUUUCUUCAUGCAAACAAAAGGUUUAUUUCUUUCCUUAGACCUUCCUCUCCGUCCGCGUUUAUAAUAUCUUCGUCACUACUUUUCAUCUAUACAGCCCACACAAAGUUGGGCUGAACUUCAGAAUGUUUUCUCAGGGGCACCGCUUGAAUACAACCCUUCCCUGAUAUAAAAUUUAUGCAGGCAACUUUUGGUAACCGGGAAAAUGUGAGCAGUGUUAUUCCUCUUUUCGGGCUCAUUCCUCUUUUCUGGCUCAUUCCGAAAUUGUCGGCUUGUAGUUUGAAAGAAAAAAAUCUCCAACGUCCCCCCCCCCCCCUCCCAUUCAACAUUUUCUAGCGACGACCUUGUACUGCCUCUACCGUAUAGAUCCCACGCACCAUGAUUAUGAUACCAAAAUCCUACAAAAUUCCCCAACGAUUUCAGAGGUUCACGUGAACUUUCCAAAUUAUGAUAUCUUUGAAUUCAGCCGAGAGUUUUCUUUGAAGACGUCAUUAGAGCGCUGCACCCUCGCCCCCCAUGACCCAUCACGCACAAUUCAAACAGACAAGAUUUUAUAUUGCAAUGGAGACUCUGCUUGUGAUAAUAAGGCAGUGGCUAAGACGAAAUUUUCAGAGGGGGCAGGUUUUACUGUGAGAGGUGCUGACAAGCCCCCUCCCCCACCCCCUUCCACCAUAGAUGUGUCACUUUUCAGACGCUUCAUUUCGUAAAAGUAAAUCAGUAAUCAUGCAUCCUCAUAAUAAUAAUAGGCUAGAAAUCCAAGAUCAAAAUAAUGGAAUCCCCACUAAAAGGAGUUUUAAAGGCCGUCUGUACUAGUGUGGACAGGAGGGAUUAGACCACCCAGCGAGGUCACUGACAGGUGGCUCUCUCAUCAACUCAGCUCUCAAUUAGCAUAAAAAAGAGGAUCAUGGGGACCAACAUGCACCGAUUAGGGAGCAAAUAUAGCUACAAGUAUAGUACGCUUUAAAAGAAAACCCACCUGGAUAUGAUAUUUAUACAAACAUAAUGAAUUUCACACGAUGGAUUCACGAUUUGAAAUCCAAUUUUCUUGUUUUGAAUAUGUAUAUUUUCCUGUUAUACGUUAUCAAAGAAGAGUGUGUGACUAGACUUGGGCAUUAUCAAGUUUGGUACAUGUAUUACCAUUUAUUAUGACUGAGUAACUUAAACACAAAAAAGCCUCAAAUUGUCAUGUUAUCGGAGAGUUCUUGAAAUAUAGAUUUGUGUGGUUUAAUAUUUUGUAUGAAUCUAGACCACUUUGACACAUGCACAGAAGAAACGGAUACGUAUGGGAAAUAAUUACUGGCUCGAGAUUUUACAUUUAAAGGAAACUUCACCCCAUGGGAAAUAAUUUUAGUAGUUUUGAGAGAUGUAUUGUAUUCUUGCCCAUUAGAAUAAUGUACAUUUUCUCAGCAUGACGUGGGCAUCGCUAUAAUUAUGUUCUUGAUAACGUGACAUACUAUGCGGAGUCGUUUAUCAUGUAAAAAUAUAAGUAAUUUUUUUAUUUAAGGAUGCUUCUUUCCCAGGUGAGUGUGGUGAUUCUUUGUACUACAAUAAUUAUUGUGAGAACGCAACAUUGAAUUAUUAAGUUGCUGCUCUUCUAGGGUGUUGGUAUAAAUGAAAUAAAUUAAUCAACUGCUAUAAUUAUUUUAGUAUUUUCAAUCAAAUAGGCUAGACGAGUUGCAAUUGUUUCCCCUGUCACAUAUUUUUGACCAACUAUAAUUUUUCACCUUCUCGGCUAUGAUUUUCCCUCAAUGAAAAGACAAGGUUUUGUUAUUGAAUUAAAAGAUAUUGCCAACUAAAGUUUGCCAACAUGUUCAAAUUCGCCUGUAUAAUAUUAAGAUACGUCACAUUAUCACGAAAAUGCCUGCGCCAAUUUGAUGCUAAAAGGCAUUACGUCAUUAGUAAUCUUCAUUUACAUACCUCUUGUACACUUUAUUAAGGAAAAAUGGUAUACUAAAGGACAGUAAUACAUCUCAUUUUUCAGAAAACCUACAUGUACACUGUCUUAUUAUUCGGGGUGAGGUUUCCUUUUAGUUCAUGAGGAGAAAUUGUUAAUUUCCUUGCAUGAUGACAAUGAAGAGGGUAGCGAGGCUAUAAUAGCCAAUCAUAUUUAAGUAUGAAGACUGAGAACAACGAAAUCAAUUACUUUUAUGAUCAUUUUUAAAUUGUGUAAAUAUUGUAUCAAAUAGAAAAAAAAUUACAGUGUACUAUUGUACCUUGCUUUGUUAUAGAGUUAAGUUUGGAGAGCAAGAACAAAACAACGUGUUUUUUUUAUUACCAGUAUUCUUGUUAAAAUUACUGUAAUAGUUAGUACUUUGUGUAGUUAAUUAGAGUUGGUUGUUAGUAAAUGUUAGUUAGUUGGUAGCACUGUGCCGUAGAUUCGUCGAUUUCAAUGUCUAGAUUAGUAAGAGGUGUAAGAAGCAUUGUCACGAAUUUCUAAAAUUUCGAAAUAUUAUAUAAUGUAGAAUUAACGAAACCGAUGAGUAUAUUUCUGAAAUCUCAUUUACAAUGUAAUUAAAAUGAACAUCAUAUUAUGUUACAUAAUAAUCAUGGUACAGCAUAGUGUCUCACUGUUUGAAAUAGAGCAUUGUACCCAUCGAAUAACAUUACUCUAUAUUUGUAACAAAAUACCUUCUUAUCUAUUUCCAGUUAAUUUGUAACUAUGCUGCAUAUUGACACAAUUAUUCAUAAAAUAAUCACUCGAUUAAUUUUCUUCCUUCUUCAUUUCUUCAGUCUUCCACUUUUAACCCUUUUGUCAUAUUGUGUGGUUCACUAUAAAAAAUAUCAAAUUGAAUUUAUAAAACAUGUACCGGUAUUGUAAAGUAUGUUUAGUUACCUUUAUGAAAGGUCUCAGACGUGAUGAUAUAUCCUUGCUUAAUAAAAUGUUGAUUUUUCUUCUGUA